AAAAGACAGCCCUCCUUGUAUUCUUUGAACCCCUUGUGAAUUUUUUUUUGCUGGUCAUGUCUGUUUUAUCUAUUACCUCAACUCUCAAGGCAUUACAGCCAUUUAAACAAGCCAGCACCCUUCGUGUGUUGAGCUUCUCCACCACAUCAUUGAGACGUGCCGAACAACCCACACCCGACAGACCUCAAAUUGGAGCUUCUUCACUUUUCGACAAUGUUCAAGUUGAAGCACAAGAGAAAUUAGCUAAGCAAGAGGGCAAAAUCAUUGAGAAAGAAUAUCAAUUCUCUUCUGCCAACUUCAAGACCAGUCCUCGUAAAUUAAACAUGCUUGCACGUUCUAUCCGUAAUCUUCCUGUUGAAGAAGCCAUUCGUCAAAUGGAAUUCUCUGACAAACGAUCCGCCAAAAAGAUUUUACACAACUUAGCUUUUGCCAGAAAGAAUGCCAUCGACCAAAAGGGCAUGGAAAAUUUGGUUGUUUCACAAGCAUGGGUUGGUAAGGGUAGAUAUGUUAGACGUGUCAGAGCUCAUGGUCGUGGUCAAUUUGGUGUUAUGCAUCAUAAGGAAGCACACAUCAAAUUACUUUUCAAAGAAGCAGCUGCUGAAUCCAACGAAAAGACAGACAGAAGAAACAUUAGAGGUUGGAAGGAUCCUAAAAAGACUUGGACUUCAUUGAACGAAACUAAGCCUAUUUAUAACGCCAAACCCUUUUACAACUGGUAAAUUCAGCUCCUCUUCUCUUUUUUAUACAUAGAUGCAUUUUCCAAAAAAAUAAAAAAUAAAAUAAAAAACAUCAGUAAAUUCAACCGGUGCAUUAUGUAAUUUACUAUGCAAUGAC